UCGCGCUCAGUGGUCUCUCCGGCCGGAGGUCUCUCGCAGCCUGAGGUCUCCCGCGGCCUGAGGUCUCCAGCGCUCCGACGUCUUCUGUGGCCCAAGGCCUCCCGCGCUCCGAGUUCUCCGCCCCACCAUGCGGCUGGGAAGUCCUGGACUGCUGCUACUGCUGCUCAGCGGCCUGCGAGCUGAUAUUCAAGAAAAAGAAGUCAGAGCGAUGGUGGGCAGCGACGUUGAGCUCAGCUGCGUUUACCCCGAAGAAAACAGUUUUGAUUUAAAUGACCUUUUCGUUUAUUGGCAAAUCGGUGAGGAACAGAAAACCGUGGUCGCUUGCUAUCUGUCCGGGAAUGACUCCACCGGCUACAGCCAUGACCGCUACCGGGACCGGGCCAGGCUGUCGCUGGACCGCAUGAAACAGGGCGACUUCUCUCUGCAUCUCUACAACAUCACCCCCCAAGACGCACAGAAGUUUGACUGCCUGGUGUUCCGGAAAUCCUUGGAAUUGACAAAGAUUUUGCAAGUUGUGAUCACGCUGCAUGUGGCAGCAAAAUACAGCAUGCCUGUGGUCCAGCCCCCCAGAGACCCCUCCCAGGACAAGGAGCUCACCUUCACGUGUACGUCUAAGAAUGGCUAUCCGAGGCCAAAUGUGUACUGGAUCAACAAGACGAACAACAGGCUGCUGGACGAGGCCCUGCAGAACAACACGUUCUUCUUGAAUGAGAGGGGCUUGUAUGACGUGGUCAGCGUCCUCAGGCUCAGGUGGACCCCCAACGUGAACGUCGGCUGCUGCAUAGAGAACGUGCUUCUGCACCAGAACCUGACUGUCAGUAGCCAGACAGAAACGCUCACUGGGACCAAGGACAGCAUCACAGAGGACCCUCCCAACACCCACGAGGAGAGAAACAGGGCCGUGUUCAGCGUCCUGGCCAUCCUGGCCGUGGCCGUGGCCAUGGCUACAGGCUGGGUGUGCAGGAGCAGGUGUCCCUGUGGAAGCCACACAGGUGCCUGGCGGCGAGGCUGGAGCAGGAGCUCACCGACCACGUGUGACGAGAACUUACCACCCCGGGUGUGUACAGAGCUUCUGUGAGAUGCCACCAGGAGGGACGUUGGACGGCAGCUUGAGAGUUGACUCGAGCAGCUGGUGACAAAAGAGGACCAUCUGCCCCCAUCUGCGCCAUUGACAAGGGGCCUUCAUGGACCUGGAGCCUCUCUGGCCUGGAGGGGACACGCAGGGGCUUCUCCUGGAAGGACCACGCCUGAUCACAAGAGAAUGUGCUGGGUGAUGCCCCGAUAUCGGAGUGAGGUCCUUUCAAAAGGGUCCACAGCUCUGGAAUGUGUGUGCCCUGGGUGAGUGGGCUUCUCACCUUUGCUGCCAAAUCUGAAGGAGAAGGGGGCCUGUGACGGCUCCUUCCCAUCACCAUCUCCGAGACCCAGAGUGAAACCCAGACCCGGCUGGGGGACAGGGGUUUCUGAGGCCGGAGGAAGGGGGUCAUUUGGAAAGAAGAGUGAGGAUGCCCGCUCUCUGCCGGGACGACCUGUGCUGGCUGGAGGACACUCAGGGUGUUCUUGGGAGAGGGAAAUGCAGGGGCUCACUGCGAUUCUGCCAUAAGGACCCCACCCCACCCUGAGGGCGCAGGAGCUGUCUGUGCACAUGGGUGUGUCCCAAAUGCAGGAAAUGGUCAGCACCAAAAAACCCCUGGAAGAACCCCCGGAAUUCACUGGGAACUUGUUGGUUUUGGUCAAAAGCUAGGUUUCCCUCCUAAAAAGCACAAUGGAAUUUUUCGAGAAGAAAAUCUACUGCUGGGACCCACGUAUGCGGGACGCAGUGGCCUCCUGGGGUGUUCGGCUCUGCAGUACGAGACGCACCCCCGGGAGAAGCAGAAACUCAGCCCAGGUGGGACUGGGGAUGCGUGUUUCCAGAGGACACAGGCUUGGACACAUGACCGUCAAAGUCCUUCAGAGCGGCCGGGACGGGGAGGGAGAGGGCACGCUCCUGGCAGCGUGGCAGCCUUUUGGACAGAGUGGGGUUGGGCAGCUCCUAGCCACUCUCUGCGCCCGUCGCCCACGGCCCCCCGCCCGACCUCCCCUGAGGACCUGCAUGGUUGAAUGGAGACUCUGACUCAAACACCGGGGUCCCCGGGCCCCAGCAGGACCCCCAGGGGACAGAGCUGGACCGUGGCCUAAGUCCACACUGGUGUGCGGCCCCUGGCCCUGACCCUCCCGGGCGGUUUCCACGUUGGUGCCUGGAAUGGACCUAGCAGUUUGACAUUUCUAGCAGGUUCUGCCCAGGUAGCUCCGGGUAACCCAGAUGUGCACCCCGGGGAGAUAGGGCCUGCUGUUCCACCCGUGGUCGGUCAGCACUGGCGGCCGUGUGGGGCGCAUGUCCCAGACCCAGACUUGGAGCCAAAGUGAGGACAUGGCUCAAGGGAAGCCAAAUUCAGUACUUGUCACAGGAAAUUGUCUGUCUGUCUGUCUUGGUGCCAGAAAGCCCUCAUGGCUUUUAAAUGAGUGGAAGAGGGAUCCUCCAGACUCUUAAGGUGAAAGCAUUAGAAGACUCGUGUUGUUCCUAAAAGAAGGCCUGAACGGUGGCCAGCCGGCAUCUGGAGUGAGGAAGCCCGAGGAGGCGGGGUGCGGUGCCUGUCUGCCACGACGGUGCCUGAUGCCAGGACACACACAGCCCCUCCCUGAGCGGGGCCGAGGGCCUCACACCACCCUCCAGCCUCGAGGCUGGGCCUGCCCGUCUUCAACAGACCCUGAGCGGCCUCUGGAGAUGCUCAGGGUGGCCGAGGACGUGCUCUCUGUGCUUGGUGCUCCGAGCCAUCGUCUCCCUGCUGGUCCCGACAGCCCCUCGGCCGUGGCCUCGCAGCCCCUCCCUCGCUGCUCUGGCGUGCACCAGGGUCCUCGGCUCUGGGAAAUACGGGAAGGGCCUCUAGGGGGGACCACAGCGCACUUUCGUGUCUGCGAGGCUUAUACAGGUCAUCCCUUGCCCUUCCAGCCCGGACGAUCGCUGUUUGCUCCAUAUGCUGUGUGGCAGACAGGCUGAAUGUCAAUGUUUUGACAUCUGUUUCUGGAAAUCUGACUUAAGAGAAUACAAGGUAUAAGCUGUGCCCGUGUCCAGCGGCUUCAGUCACUGCAGGGAGUGUCUGCCCAGUCAGUUCAGCGCGUCCCUACUGCUGGUCUAGAGACCCUGCCCCUGCCCCAGUGGUUCUCACCCAGGGGUGGUUCUGUCGCCCAGGGGACGUUGGGCAAGGUCUGAGACAUUUGGGGGUUGCUACUGGCCUCUCACGGGUAGAAGGCCGACAGCACACAGGACGGCCCACGGCAGAGAAGCGUCCUCCAACAGGUCGGUGGUCCGAGGGCGAGGUCACUUGCCCAUGGGAGGGGUGAGCGGAGCCCUUGCCUCCCAUCCCCAUCGCUCUGGGCCUGGGGAGUGCUGCCACCCCACACGGUGGCUCCUGGCCCGUGGCUAUCUGUGGCACAGGAAAGGUGACUCACGGUUGACAGGGCCAGGCCCCGGACGUUCUGGGUCAGGGUUGUUAGCCUUCUCACCCAGCACAGCCCCCGGUGCCUGACCCCUUCAGUCCAUAGGCUGGACCCACCGUCGUCCUCCCCCCUCGCUGUCCUUGCCCCCUGUGUCCUCCCUCCCCCAUGUCCUCCCUGUCCCCACCCCCCUACACCGGCCGUGGUCUGAGCACUGGGCUCCACCCCGAGAGUGUGAUUCAUCUCCACGUGUUCUGGGGCCUCCUGAGGCAGAGGUCAGCUGGGGCGGGUGCCCGAGGCCGCUGUGAGCAGGGCCACGAGGAGGGGAGGGCACCUGUCACACCCGACUGGGGUUUUCCUAGGCAGGGACCAGGCUGU